UUCCAGUGAAUGCUACACACCUGCACCAUGGUUUGUCCGACAUCCUUAUCCAAGAUCAGGAUUGGCUACGUUGGUACUUACAUAUCCUCAUGAGAAUUGUGGUUCUGGUACUAGUUUGGUAAAGAAAUUAUUAAACCUGGCUGAUGCUUGAAGGUAGUUGGAUUAACAGAAGAGAAGACAAACUUGGAGUAUAUUCUUUAGUACAUUUUUCCCCAAAGAUGUUGGGUUCAGUUGCCACAACACUGCCAUUGUCAUCUUCAAAUUCCAGUGGAAUGCCUCUUGGUUACUAUCUGUCUAGUCCUCAGAUUAGUAGAGUAACUAUAUCAACAACUGGACAAUUGACUUCUAAAGCUACUGUAGGUAGCUGUUCCCGAGUGGAAAACAGCUUGGAUGCCAGCCCCUUCUCAGUUCCGAAGAAACAGGAUGAAUCACCCAUGAUUGGGGAUGGAGAAGAUUAUUUCCUUUCUUUGUUUGGUGAUUCAAAGAAACUUACAGCACACUCAAACUACACUCAGAAAACUUUAAAAUACUUUUCUAUGAUUGUUGAAGAAGUUGGCCAAUUUACCUCCAGUUCUCUUGGAGAUGUUGAAAUAGCUGAAGUGAAUGUCAAGGGUUUGUUCGUGAAGCUCAUUAACUCUUCCCUUGACAAAGAAAUGGCAAUUGGAGAUCAUAUUCUCCAGCAAAAUGUGAAUGGACAAACCAUUUCUUUGUACCGAUUCCUUCCAAACAUCGUAAUGCAGGCAAAUUCCACAGUAACAGUGUGGGCAGCAGCAUCUGAAGCAAAGCAUCAACCUCCAUCAGAUUUUCUUUGGAAGGAACAAGACAAGUUUAGAGCAAGUCCUGAUUGUAUAACAAUCCUGUGCAAACCGAACGGUCAAGCCAUUGCCUGGUACACCCCUAUCCACUGGAAGCAAGCGUGGGAAAAAUUAGAUACUGACAUUGAAUUUAACAGAUGUUCAGCAGUAUCUCCAACAUUCCGAAAGCGUGUGUUUCAGUGGACAGCACCUACAACUACAAUAACUAAAGAAAAACAAGAUCAACCUAAGAAAGAUAUCUCAAAUUAUCAGGUGGAACAAGCUCAAGUUCUUCUUAAGAGAGAGAAGGAAAUCCCACCAACCGUUUUCCCCAAUCGCAGCCCUUGGUGCCAGAAUCCAUAUGUCUCUGCACAUCCUUACUGUCCUCUGAUUGAACCACACAAUACAUCCACCGCUGGAGGCAGCUUGGAUAGACAGCCCAGGUCUCGGUCAGCCAGACCUAAUCGAGCCUCAGGGACUAAGAAAAAGAAGACAUCUGAGUCACAAAAGCAAUAAGCAGUCAACUCAACCUUUAAGGGACAAUAAUAUCCAAGUCUAGAGAAAAUGAAGAUGCCUAGCAUGUUGCAACCAACCUUCAUCACACAGGAGAGGAAGCCAGCAGCAAGCAAGCAAGAAAAUAGUUUCUUUUAGAAAAAAAAAAUAAUUCCUUAGGACUUUACUGUCACCAUUUCUGAAAGAAAAAGCUAGAGUUAGUGGUCAAGUUAAAGUAUUUGUUUUCUAAGCAGUUGAGAAAAAAACAUUGGUCAAAAGCAAAACCAGCACAGUCUUUAUUUUGUUCACAUGAAGUGCCCUUGUGACUUCAGUCUUUUAUACCCAACCCAACUAUCAAGUCUACAACUUCCACAGUUUCUACAGAUGCAUUUUCCAAAAGCAUAUGUGUCAGGAAUUAUGAAUCUUGGAGUCUGUCUGAUUCUCUACAGUUGGAAUCUGUCUCCUUGAAGUAUGGGGUUAAUGCAGCUUCCUAAUGAAAGAAUGAGUUAAAUUUCUACAGAGUAACCAGCUGGGAGUUUUUAAACCUGCCUACACUUAUCUAAAAUUUGCCAAAAGAGUCUCACCUUUCAGCUUGUGAUACUUACUAUGUGCAAAAUCCCAUGGACAGAACAGGAAAUGACAAAGGAACAAAAAUAUUUUAAUUAAAUAAUGUAAUGGAGCUACCUUUUAAAAAUGCCAUCCUCAGUCCUUAUUCUACAGCUGUCUUAUUCUAUACCUAUCAACAGUCUAAAAGUUUAAAAAAUGAAAUAUGCCGAUUAUUAAUGUUGACCCUAUUUGUAGUGAGAAAGUAUGACUGCUUCAGAUUCUGUGACAAUAUCCUGCCUAUUCCUUGUAGCUCUAUUUAAAUUGAUUCAUGUAUAUUUAUAUAGCAUAUACAGGAAGAUAUGGUGCAUACUUUCUUGGAGUUUGAGGGGAAGGAGAGAAGUGAGAAUUUUUCCCCAAUAUCUUCUUUUAAAAGACUAAAAGUAAAAUAACCCAAAAAUUUUAUCAGUGGUGACCAUGAAGAGAAAUUCAUUGAGUUUUGUUGGUUUAUUACACCCAAGCACCAAGAGCUAAAAAUAUAUUUUUAAAAAUAUGCCAGGGGAUUGAAACAUAUGCAUUUUUUUUUUUUUUGAGAUGGAGUCUCACUCUGUUGCCCAGGCUGGAGUGCAGUGGUGUGAUCUCCACUAACUGCAGCCUCCGCCUCCCAGGUUCAAGUGAGUCUCCUGCGUCAGCCUCCCGAGUAGCUGGGCUUACAGGCAUCCGCCACGCUGCAUGGCUAAUUUUUGUAUUUUUAGUAGCAACGAGGUUUCACCAUGUUGGCCAGGCUGGUCUCGAAUUCCUGACCUCAAGUGAUCUGCCUGUCUUCGCCUCCCAAAGUGCUGGGAUUACAGGCGUGAGCCACCGUGCCCGGCGCAAACAUAUGCUUUUGUUGCAGGACUUUUCCUUAGUUUAGCUAAAGACAGGGUUCUUGUCCGUUCCACAGCCAUGAAAAUUUAGGCUCGCAGAUGGUUAAAGGGUGAGUAAAGCAGGUUUUUACUGGGUGAAAGGGGGGUUAAAUGGGGGAAACAGGGAUCCUCUGCAAGGCCAGUCCCCUGCUACAGUGCUUCCCGCCGGCCGUUGAAAUACCAGGUUCCACACAGGAAGAGGCGGGGCCAGUCUCGUCCUCGCUGCAAAGGGCAGGAACCCAAGGCUCCACCUCAGUUGCAGGCUGAUGGGAGUUUUUCCAGGGAACCCCUCCCACCUGGCUGACUCACUUUUGUACUAGUGUUUGUAGAAUAUUAUUCACAAAAGCCCAAAAAUAGAAACAACACGUGUUCAUCGACAGAUGAAUGGAUUUUUUAAAAUCUGGUGUAUAAUACAAUGAAAUGUUAUUCAGUUAUUAAAAAAAUGAAGUUCUAAUACAUGCUACAACGUGGAUAAACUUUGAAACAUUAUGUUAAAUGAGAUAAGCCGUACACAAAAGGAUAAAUAUUAUGUAAUUUCACUUAUCUGAAUAAAAAAUGUAUAGAGAUGGAAAGUAUAACAGAGUUUACUAGGGGCUGUGCUGGCAAGGGGAGAAUGGAAAGCUAUUAUUUAAUGGGUAUAGAGUCUCUGUUGGGGAUGAUGAGAAAUGUUCAGGAAAUGGAUAGAGGUGAUGGCCGCACAACAUUGUGAAUGUACUUAAUGCCACUGAAUUGUACACUAAAAUGGUUAAAAUGGUUUACAAAGUACUUCUAAUAAAAUAUAACUAGUAUUUCC